UUGAGGAGAAAAAGAAGCAUGAUGUGUUUGUGCACAAAAAUUGCUUUGCUUUUGAUUAUAUUUUCAGUGUGUGGCAGAGCAGCCCCAGUACGUCGUAGGGGAGGUUUACAUCGCUCUGCUGCCGCUGAUGCCCCAUCCGUGUAUUAUGCUGAGGAGGAGCAGGUUCCUGUGACAGCUCCUCCAGAUGACGUAUUAUAUUCGGAUGAUGACCUGGAACGCGCCUGGGAGAAGAAGGUCCUACAUGGUUUACAUCGCUCUGCUGCCGCUGAUGCCCCAUCCGUGUAUUAUGCUGAGGAGGAGCAGGUUCCUGUGACAGCUCCUCCAGAUGACGUAUUAUAUUCGGAUGAUGACCUGGAACGCGCCUGGGAGAAGAAGGUCCCACAUGGUUUAGUUGACGGUUCUGUAGCUGGCAGACGAUCGGUGCCAAGGACCAAACCGACCAAGGUUAUAUCAGCUGAUGUAAAAUUCUUGGAAGGAUUUUUGGUGGUGUUCGUCCCAGCUGCAAUACUGCUUGCAGGACGUAUUAUUUACUGGAGAUAUGGCAAAUGGGUGACAACGCGUGAAAGAGAUAUUGAGAAGAAUGAGGAAGGUGCUACAAAACCACAAGCUCCCACCACCACAUCCUCUGAUUCUAUCAAGGCAUCCACCGCAAUGACCUUCACCCGCACCUCUAUAACUGGAACCACCUUGACCAUCACCAACUCCUUCCCAGACAUGCUGCCAGGGCCACCUUCAUGGAUGGCAGCAUCUGUCAUGCAGACUGCAGUGUAAGAAGCCCAGUGAGACCUUCCUCAUCUGUCUCCCCGCGUUCCAUACCAACCUGCUUCCUGCAGUCUGCCAUUCCAGUGUCAGCAUGCCCAGGGCCAGUUCUACAAAAAGAACAUAUCUUAGUUUGAGCAGAACAAUAUGUGGUGGAAGCCCCAAACCAUCGGCUGCUGCACUGUUUGAUGUCUUAAUAAAUUGAGACUUUGAAAAAUC